AUGAAGAUAUCGCAGUCAAACUCCUUCCGUCUGACAGCGCGUCCUUCUCAGCUCAAGGCCUUCCGUAGCCCAAAGCCGAUUGGCUCGAGCGAGCUCACAGUGCCAUCCUGGCCUGCCAGAGCCAGGAAGGUGCUGUCAGAGUCCACCUUCAUGCAGGGCAGGCGGCCGCAGCAGGAAGAUCGGCAUGUGAAGAUCCCGGACCUGACGAAAGCUGCCAAGGCGCUGAAGAUGCCAAUCGACCACCUGGAGCAGCCCUGCGCAUUUCUGGCCGUGUAUGACGGGCACCGUGGCCCUCUCUGUGCGGAGUUUGUGGCCAAGUCCAUGCAUCUGAGACUCCUGAAGCACCUGACCCAGACGACCACAAAGAGCAGCGAGGAGAUUGGGUUGGCACUGAAGACGACGUGCCAGGAGUUGGACGAAGAGUUUCUGGCCAAGCACCGCACUGCGGUCGAUGGGUGCACGGUGGUUAUGGCGCUUCUGACAGGAAGUCUCCUGACAGUCGCAUGGCUUGGCGAUUCCCGCGCGCUUCUGUGCAGAAGCACUUCCGCUGGGGGCGUUGCAACGGUCCCUCUCACGCAGGACCAUCGACCAAGUGCCUCAGCAGAGGCAGAUCGGGUGCGAGAAGCUGGCGGCAUGAUCGUAAACUUCGACGGAGCAAAGCGAGUGGCGCACGCUGGGUUUGACAAUCAGAUUCGCGAGCUUCGCAGGGCGAAGGCUGCCGGGCUUGGUGCCGUGGGUCGGCCCCCGGUGGCCCUGGCAGUGACACGGGCCCUGGGAGAUCGUGACUUCAAGGUGGACAAGCCCUUACUGAUUGCGACGCCCAGCGUCCGAAGCUUUCAGCUGGAUGCCUCCGUGCACUUCAUUGCGCUGAUGUGUGAUGGAAUCACGGAUGUUCUCAGCAACGAAGAGAUCAUCUUCGAACUGGACUUCUUGCGAGAUGCGGCAGACGCAUCAGCCAAUGCCCGGAAAGCCUGCGGUGACUUGGUGCAGAAGGCGUACUCUCGUGGAAGUCAAGACAAUUUGACAGUCGUCAUGGCCUUCUUCGAGUGGGAGGGCGUGGAGAAGCGGAGCUCGGGAGCAGUCGGUCCAGUCGAGGUGCCACCAUCGAAGCGGGCUCGAUCAAGUCAGAGCAGCUGUCCGGCAAAUGCUGCAUCAGCAGCAGGUUCGGGCGGGCAUGACAACACGGGCAUCAUGUUCUCAGCAGAUGGACCACCUCAGUGCGAUGCACAUUUUUCAGAGAUAGACGCCGCCGUGGACGCAUCAGCUGGAAUGCUGGAUGCGAUGGCGGUUGCUGCCACCCCGCCUGUGAAUUAUCCGCGUGGCGAGCCGCCAACACGAUGUGCGGAGUGCGGGAACGUCCUUGUCGAUGCCCUGGUUCUGUCCUGCGGCCACGACCUGUGCCUCACGUGUGCGGCCAGUGCUUUGCGCCAGACACGCUCACUGAGCGGCCGGACGGUGCGAUGCCUGCUCUGCCCUAGCAUCACAGAGCUGUGCGAGGAAGCAGUUGCCGCCUUGACGGAGCAGAAACUCGAGAACGGUGGCUUGUUACCUCAGCUGCUACCACAGCCACAGGCCUGCUCUAUCUGCUCUUCGUGGAUUCAGCCUCCAGGUGCACACAGCGGCACAGCUCUGUACCCGCCUCGAAUACCGAACGAACGAACCGGGCCUGGGUUGCGGGAGGCUGAGAGCCCUCACAGCCAGGACGGCUCAGCACAGCGGGGCAUCGCAAAAGCGGCCCUCGCACGGCCCCAGCAGGUGUCGUCGACCUCAGUCAGCCCGGUCCAGUGGCAAAGAACACCGGAACCGCUGGCUGUGGAGCCGAGUCGCCCGUCGGGACGAACCGUCCAUAUCUACAGGUGCCCAGAGCAUCCGGAAGAGCCAGCCACUUACUUCUGUGCAACCUGUGAGUGUCUUUGCAUCUGCGCUGAGUGUGUGAUUCAAAAGAAUGGCCGACACCGCGAUCACGAGGUCUUGCGUGUGGCAAAAGCACACGAGGUUCUGAAGUCCAGAGCCGGAGCGCUGCUUGAUGAGGCAAUCGCCCUCGAGGAUGAUUUCUCCAUGGUCGGAGACCGACUGGCCUGGCGAAGAAAGGACAUCGAACGCGCCGCAGCGCGCGGGCGCGCAAGCGUGCGAAGCGCCUUUGCACGAGUCCGAGCUCAGCUGAAUGAGCGCGAAGCCGAACUACUGGAGUCCUUGGAUGCUUACGAGAGCGGCUCUCUGUCUCACAUUGACACAGGACACUCCGAAUACGGCAGCCGGCUCAACGAAUUGCGGAAGCUGCAGGAGAAUCUCCGAUCCCGCUGCCGCAACGACGGAGAUGCAGUUGAGGCGCUGAAUACGUUCUCAACUGCAAAGGCUGCCAUCGCGAGCCUCAGGGAGGCUUUUCGCCAGGAGGAAUUCAAUGCCGCGUCUCCACCAGAUGAAUUCGUCGGGCUGGCCGGCAGUGCCCGAGCGGAGCUGGAUCUCCACGCCGAGGGCCUCGCAAGCCUCGAAGAGGCCGUGGCGAGCCUUUGUGAACGCGGAGUGGACGUGCCACAAAAGGUUUCGGCUGGAGCGGCUGCCAGCAGGCUGCCGCAGAACUCCAUGCCACAGCUAUCCUUGCGCUUCGGUAGCAUUGGAUCGAUUAUGCAGCAGGGCUUUUCACAAAGCUCCGAGGCCCAGACCAGGAGGCGCUGGAUAUCUGCCGACAGUGAGACAGGGAUGAUUUACCAUGUCCGGACGGCUUUUGCUUCUGGGAGGCUCUCAUAUGAUGUUCUGGCGCGUGUAAGCCAGAUUGCCAUGCUUGCUGGUUUGCCUAAUACGUACUCACGUCGUGAUUAUCCCAGACAUCAGCAGCGGCGUCCCUGCCUGACGUUCCUCCCUGCUGGUGCGACCUUGGGGAGCCUUCCUGUUCUCACCGAGACCAGGAAGCUGGGCACGAUCAAGAUUGUGAUAUUGGUCCUGAGGGGCAUCUCCAAGAACUACACUGUCAGAAUGGUACAGUACUUCUUGGACACAGCGUGUGGAGACUUCGAGUGGAAGCGUUACAACUUCCUUUAUCUUCCACGGCGUGGACACUCCCAUUCGGGCCUGGCAAUCGUCAAUUUCAUCGACGCGCAAAGCUGUGCAACGUGCGAGUGUCGCCUUCGUCUGCUGCAAAGCGAGGGCGUGAUGAGUGGCAUCAAGUCUAUCGGAGGCGUGUUGAUGCUAAUGCUGGAAAGUCUCUGUGGAACGAACAUCAACAAUUUCGAGUUUUGUUUGUGGCUCCUGCUCAGGAGUGUUCGGAUCGUGAUGAUCGAAGAUCUCACGGCUCCCAAGUUGGGAUGGAUCUUCGGCAGCAAGAACCAAUCGUUUGCUGCUUUGGCUGUGCUACAGACUUCCAGCUCGAGUUCAGGAAAAUCUGCUGCAGAACUGUUCAGCCGAACGGAAGAAUGGUCUUGGAACUUCAACCUCUUCGUAUUGUUCGAUGCACAGGCUGCACGCGAUCUUUUGAGCACAGACUGCUUUGUGCGAGAUUCUCGACGCUGGAUCAAAGUCAGCACAGGUUUCGCCGCUGUGGAUUUCGCAGGGCACGAGCCUCAGGUUUCGUACGACUGCGACUGCGACACUGGGCAGACGCUUUCAGAGUUGGCACUGAAGCAACACUUCCUGUGGAAUUGGUUGAACAUUCCCCAUUCGGCCCGCCAAGCGGGUGCAUUGCGCCACAACGUCGUGAGCCCUGAGGAGUCACCGACCUAUGUGCCGCCUCCUCGCUGGCGGGGGACCUUUGCAACUUUGCCCUCCCGACCUCCUGAGAGCGAGGCUGGGCAGCUUGCAUGGGCCGUGAAACACCUGAAGGUCGACAAGGUGCGCAGCAUCUUGGAAAGAUGGCCGCAUGGUGCAGUGUUGAUCGAUGACGAAAACAAUACCCUGUUCCACCUCGCCGCGGAGAAUCCGGGGCGUGCUGCAGAACAGCCUGAAGGUGCUGGCGAGGUCCUGUCCUUGCUGCUCCAGAGCGGCUGGCAAGUCGUGGACCAGAAGAACAAGGUGGGCGAGCGGGCAGACGUCGUGGCCAAGCGCCUGGAUCCGAAAGGCCCGGUGGGACGGGUGCUGGGAUCACGGUCUCUGUGUUUCAGGGAGCCUCUUCGAGUCGAGGCCCCACUGCAACUGCUAGGUGAGGCGUCGCCAAAACCGUGGACCUGGCAGUAUCCGGUUCAGGACGAGCAGCGGCGGAGCUUUGCAGGGGUCAACUUUCGAGCUUUCUCAGAGGAGCAGUGUUCGCGUUGGAUGAACCUCCUGUUGGAGGAGGGCUGUUGGAUUCAGCUCCCCGGCGUGCCUCGCAAGGUGAUCUGGUAUGUCUCAGAGGACUGUGCUGAUGUCCCGUACCGUUACUCCGGUUUGGAGUUUCCCGCCACGGUCUAUCCGCCGUUCAUGAAAGAGAUUUGCAAGGAGCUGUGCACGCUCUGCGGCAUUCCAGAGGGCCAAUACCCCAAUUCUUGCAACGUCAACGUUUACGACGAUGGCAGUCAUGAGGUGGGUUGGCACAGCGACGAUGAAGUCCUGUUUCAGGGCUUGGCCUGCGACACUCGGAUCUUAUCGCUUUCGCUAGGUUCGGCGCGAGACUUCAGCUGGAGACUUCAAGGCACCACAGAAGCUCUGGGAUCAGUUCCUUUGGGCGAUGGCGAUGUCGCUACCAUGGAAGGUCUGUUCCAGAAGCACUACAAGCACGCAGUGCCUGCCACGAGCCAGCCACGUGGAAAGAGAAUCAACUUGACUUUUCGGUGGAUCAGGGUCAAGGCCGAUGGGGUUGAUGCGGGUGUUGCAGCUGCGAAGUGA